AAAAUGAAAUCAGACGUUUGUCAGUUGAAGGCACCCCCUCAAGUGUGGAGGAGCUCUACCUGAUGAACUAACCUUGCUCUUAGGGGGGGAUUUAUUUUACAGUUUGAGGAUCCUGAUUUUAAUAAUCAGUUGUGCAACCUAACGGACAUCAAAGACCUUCCUGUGGAGCGGGCAACUUUAAAAGUAUUGUAUUGUAUAGCUGAUGACUCCUCAGAUUCUACACUGGACACAAGCAGCCUUCCUUCCAUCAGUAGUGGGGAUUAUGUCAAAUGGCCUGACCCUUUUCCAAUUCCACAGUUCUCACACGAUGUGGAGCUGCACCUGAGAGACGCAAACUGUAGAUACACUAAGGAUGGAUCUGUGAUGGUGAUUGCUAAAGGUUUAAAGACUGAUAUCCUUGACAUACUUGCAGACAGUAUGUCGAAGAUUACUGCUUAUCCUGAGAGGGACCACUACGAGAGUGUAGCCAAAGCACUGGUGGAGAAGCAUCCCUGUCUGCGAGAGCCAGGGUCUGAAAAGGGAUGGUAUUCAUGGUUUCACAGCCUGAAAUUUAAGCUUGGAAACUACCGGCAAAAAUUGAGUGCAGCAGGAUGCCCUGAAGUGGUCAUAAAUAAACGAAAAGGAGGAGGCUCGAAGGGAAAAUGUGUCAAGAAGUCCAAGAAGGGUGUGGUGAAUUACUGUCCUGAUCUACCUGAAGGACAAUGUCCUGAAAACAUGGAGGAGAAAUGCCAGAUAAUGGAGGCUGAAAUGCAAAAACGAGACCCUGAUCACCAGCUGUUGGAGAAUCUGAUGGUUGCCAUGUUUUCUCAGCGCAGAAUAGAGAUCAUUGGAGAUCAGCCACUCAUCGCUGAAGUAAUUUCCCGAUGGCCAGCUCUGUUCCAUGAGAGACAGAUUAUGGCAGAAUUCAAGAGGAUUGUCACCAUAGACCUCCUGGAAUCUUUUCUCGAAGGACUUGAUGGUCUGGUCCCAAGACUGCUGAAGGUGUACAACGCAGCAACCAAGUCUGGAAAGAAGCAGUCACUAAAAGACAUUUUGGACUGCCUUGUCAGAGAUGACACAAAUGAGAGAAGAAGGGCUGCAGCUCUGCUUGGUCUGCCAUACUACAUAUCAGGCGAAGAUCCAUCGAAUGUCAUCAGGAUGUGUGAUGCUCAUGCUGAGAACCUGGAUGAAGCCAUAAAGGGGUUGCAGCUUGGAAUCCUGAUAGGCUAUGAAGGCAAACAAGGGGCCAUUCCACACAAGAUCUUCAAUGUGGCAGUUGUGGUUGAGGAGACCAUUGUGCUUCACACACAGAUGUGGCACACAGCUUUGCCAUGCUUAUGGGUGUCAUCUACUGUGUGAAUGCCAUGAAGUAUUCCUUUGAGCUUCUUCAGAGAGUGGUAAUGAAGAUCAAACCAG